AUGGUGAUAGUGGUAGUGGUGAUAGCAGUAAUAGUGGUAGUAUUAGUGGUAAAAAUAGUGGUGAUAGUUGUAGUGGUGCUAGUUUUAGAGGUGAUAAUAGACGCGAUGGCUGUAGUGGUGGUGGUGGAUGUAGUGAAGCUUGUGGUAGUGGUGGUAGAAGAAGAGAAAAGAUGGAAGCAUUAUGGUGGUGGCAGUAGCAGUGGUGCUAGCAUUAGUUUUGGUAGUAGUACUGAAAAUAGUAAUGGUGAGAGUAGUAGUGUCGGUAGUAGUCGUACUGGUAGAAGUGGUAGUAGUAAUAGUGAUGCAGGUAGCAGUGGUGGUAGCAUUGGUAGUACAAAUAAUAGAGCUUGUGAUAGUAAUAGUGGUAGCAGUAGCGGUAAUGGUAGCUGUGGUGGUACUAGUUGUGGUGAUAUUACUAGAGAUGGUUGUAAUGGUGGUAGUAGAAUAGGUGGUGGUAGAAGUAGAGGAGGUAAUGGUAAUGAUAGUAGUAGUAGUGGUUAUAGUAGAAGUUUAACUAAUAGUAUAGGUGGUACUAGUGGUGAUAGUAGUACUGAUGAUAGUAUUAGGGUUAGAAGUAAUGGCGGCAGUAUUAGUGGAGAUAUUGCAAGUGGGGUUAGUAGUAAUAGUGGUAAUGGUAGAAGUAAUGGUAAUGGUGGAGGUGGUGACAGUAGUUGUAGUAGUAGUAAUGGUAGUAGUAAGGGUGGUGUUAGUAGUUGUAGUCCACCUAGUAGUGGUAAUGGUAAUAGUGGUGACAGUAGGAGUGGUGGUAGUAGUAGAGGUAGCAGUAGUAGUAAUAGUGGCGGUGAUCAUGAUGAUAGUGGUGGCCAUGGAAAUAAUAUAGGUGGUAACAGUAAUGGUAGUAGUAGAGUUCAUGGUAGUGGUGGUAUUGGUAUUAGUAGCGGUGGAAGUAUAAAUGGUGUUAUAGGUAGUGGAGGUAGUAGUGGCAAUGGUGGUAGUGGUAGUGAUAGAGGUGGUGAUGGUAGGUGUGGCGAUAGUAAUAGUGAUAGUAGUAGUUAUAAUGCUGGCGGUGGUUAUAGUAGUAGUGGUUGUAAUAGUAGCGGUGAUUGUAGUAGUGGUGGUGGUAAUAGUAGUUGUAUUAGUGGUGGUAUGAAUAGUGUUCAACAACCCUCGGUUCUCUUUUUGAAUAGAUAG